AUGGAAGUCGCUGUACCCGCCGAUCACUAUAAUGUGGACGAUGUCCCGAAAAUUGACCCAGUGGUUCUCACAAAAGCUAUUCUUGAACAAGAACUACUGAAGCUAAAAGAAGCGAUAUCGCCCGGUCCUCAUGAAAUACCAGCAAAUUUGUUGAAGGAAUUAGCCACAGAAUUGGCAGAACCUCUGGGUCUCCUCUUCCAGGCCUAUCUUGAUGGAGGCAGACUGCAUCCUGAGUGGAAGACUGCGUGGAUUUCGCAGAUACAUAAAAGUGGCAGUCGCGCUUCCGCAAACAACUACCGACCGGUAAGUCUUACCUCCAUGUGCUGCAAAGUUAUGGAGCAAAUUAUUACUCGUGAGUGGAUGCGGUUUUUAGAGCAACAUCAUCUUCUAUCUGAUGCACAGCAUGGGUUCCGCAGUGGAAUGUCCGGCUUGACCAAUCUACUCUACUUUCUUGAACAGUGGGCACGAGCGAUUGAUGAAGGAUACGUGGUGCAUUUAGUGUAUAUAUACUUCAAGAAGGCCUUCGACAGCGUUCUACGCCAACAUCUCCUAUGCAGGCUGAACCGCAUAGGGGUGAGAGCCAAGCUUUUGAAUCUGAUUGAAAACCUUUUGAUCGGUCGGUCUCAAACUGUCCGUCUUUUUGGCCUGCAAUCGGCAUAGGUGACGGUUACGAGCGAAGUACCUCAGGGCUCCUUUCUUGGCCCUAUCCUCCUCCUCAUCUAUAUUGUUGACUGCAUCCAUGGUUUGGACUGCGACAUUGCUAUGUUUGCUGACGAUAUAAAGCUUUGGACCCUCAUCGGCAACCAGGACGAUGGAACCAAUCUCUAG